CGAACAUAAGGUUCAGUUGGUCAUAUAUCAUACCCAGAUGAGGUCGACCCUAAGUGCGUAUCUCUACAGUAUUCUUGCUGCGGUAAACUUCUGAUGAGCUCUACCAUACCCGAUGUUCUCGGGCUGUCCUAACUCACUGCCUCACAAUUCACACAAUGACAUUGACGCUGCUGCGCUGCGAAGUUUUUGAUGGAUACUCUUUCGUCCUCCAACAUAAAACAUGAGCCUUUUCCAUAGAAGGUGUUCAUCUUCAUCUUCUUCAUCUUCUUCAUGGCUCGUUCUAUCUUAGCCAGCACUUUAUUUCUCUUGACUCUUCUUUUGACUUAUGUUACUUCUGCUCGGGCGGCCAGCAAUUCCACCCAAUGCCCAUCUGAUCCUUACCUAGACCCGCGCAACGACCCAUGUAAUGCCCUUGGCUAUAUCGCUAACAAUACGCUAACUGCCAUCGCCUUUAGCCUUGUGCUGCUGGUCGCUCUCAUACAGACUUACCAAAUUAUCUAUAAGGGUGGGAAGUGGAUGCUGCCCAUGGUCCUCGGGGAAUACAUUUAUGUUAUAGGUUUUGGGUUUCGCUUCGCCUUGCAUUAUAAUCCUGAUUCACUGGGGAUUUACAUCGCCGAAUACUUGAUGAUCGUAUUGUCUCCCUGUUUCUUCAUUGCCACGAAUUACGUUCUCCUCGGUCGUCUUGCCAGGGAAAUCGACUGCGUCCAUCGGGUCUUGAUUCCAGUGAGACGGCUCACCCUCAUUUUCGUCUUGUCUGACGUGACUACCUUUGUCAUCCAAGCGGCAGGAGCUUCAAUAACAACGUCCACCGUUUACAGUACUGCUAUGACAGGACUUCAUAUUUUUUUGGCCGGCCUCGUUUUGCAACUGGCCUCUGUCUGUUCAUUUUGUGUUGUUUACGUACUAUUCCUCUACAAAGUCCACGCUGAAGAGCCGGCCAUUUGGAUGCGAGACUCAAAGCAACACUGGAACAGUGACUGGCGAACAAUCGCCGCUGCCGCGGCGAUCAGCUGUAUCGGCAUUCUGAUUCGUUCAUGCUACCGUGUUGCAGAGCUCGCUCAGGGCUUUCACGGCGCCCUCGGCUCAAGCGAGACAGCCUUCUACCUGGGUGAUACGCUUCCCCUUUUUGUGGCCAUCGUGAUCUAUGUUCCAUUCUGGCCCGGAAAGUUCAUCACAGCCAGACUAGCGCCCUCCGUCAACGAACUGCAGAAUGGUCGGGACUUGUCACUUUCUCGCGGUACUUUAGGAUACAACCAUGAAGUACCCUCAGCGGUGCUAGACGACUAUUAACCACACUUAUUCCACUUUUAUUUAUUGCUUGUUAUAUCAGGAUACACAGACUCUAUAGGGACCUUGCAGCUC